UGCUAGAAUCGAUUGAAAUUUACUACUACUGCUACUACGACAUCCGAAACUAAACCCAACAUGUCACGGUGCUCAGAAAGGUUAGUUUAGCAGCGAUCGGGAAAGACCUAUCUACGGUAAAUCUUAUUCAUGUUCUUUUAAAUUUAUCGAAUUUAUAUUUGUGACGGCUGAUAUCCGGUUUAAUUCUCUUUUAGGGCAGUCGACAAGUUCGAGUGAAUGCCUCGCGCGUCAGUCACUCAUUAAAUUUAUAUUCUGUCAUUCAAUACAAAGAGAACUGUAGAUCGUGGCCUUCAUGUGGGGAAACCACGAUGGUGACUGUCAUAACAGACAAGCUAAAAAAUCAAUCGCUUGAGGACCUCCCCAGCGAUGAACCCGAGGUAACAUUUGAAUUAACUGAUAUUCAUUCGAGAGACCUGUCGUAGGAGCUUUUCCGUUCUGAUUCGAUCGCGAGUUGACACGAAUUUCAAUGAUGUUUACUCUUCGCUGCUUUGCUUUCAGAUAAAUGCAUUACAGCUCCGAGCCAUCUCUUCCCGGAAUAACCACGUUUCAGGUAAAUUGCAUUUUAGAUGUUUCGCUACUGAUUGGUGCGAGAAAUUUUCUGCAGUUGUAUAAACUUUUCUAGGAAAUUUCGCCGAAUAAAAACUUGCAUGUAAUCAUCAACGCAUUGUUUUUGUUCGAAUGAGCUGCUACAAAACACAUGGUUCACGAUGUAAUAUUUCACUUUGCUUUCAGAAUGUCCUCUCGCUCACUGUCUGCGUAGAGAUGUACGACAGAUAUUUGGUCAUUCAAGGACGCGAAGUUAUCCUUCUCAUCGACCCGGACGAACAUACUGCAAUAACUGCUCUGUGACCGAUUCAUCAGCUAUGCACAGUACCACUCAGCCACCCGCAAAUAAGAAAUUAUGUUCUUCUCUGUCGCUGCCGGGGAGUACAGAGGUACAAUCGUUGUGGGCUCCGCGAGCUUCCGCGGUAUGGCAACCUGUAGAAAACUGCGUGAAAAAACCACGAUCGGUAUCAUGCCCGGACGACAAAUUUAAAUUGGCCGAGCUGCUGUGGAUAAACAACGAAGUGGAAUCUAUAUCAACACCUCCUGCCUCGCCAACACCAAGACCUGCUUCAGCAGAUGCUACCUUUGGGGAAAAACACCUUUUUAUGAAAAACGAAAGUCCAAAAUCUGAUCCUACUGGGAGUAAGAUUAACGAGAAUAGAGACUUGAACUUUAACUGGAAACCGAAUCUGUCAGGUUUGCACAGAAGCCGUUCUCAACCCUGUUUCGAUCGCAGGAAAAGUGGUGUAAAAAGAAGAAUUGAAGACGAUUUCGACUCACACAGACCUGCCUUAGACUUGGAGAAAAUGGAAGAGGUCUCAAUUUUAGAUUAAUUUAUUUCAGAAUCGCUUUGACUAAAAAAAUUGUUAUUCGUUAGUCCUGAUGAGAAGCUAAAUAAUCACUGAGUAGUUUUGAAUAAUUUAUUUUUAUGAAUAUUUUACAAAAGACGGUUUCUAACUUAGUUGUUGUUUUUUUGUUUUUUUUUUUUCAUUUACGUAAGAAAUGAUUUGUGAGUAAUUCAGAGCGGCAAUUAAACAGAAUGUUUUGUUUCAUUUGCAGACGUCCUAUUUUCGUUGCCAGAACAGAAAAAAAGGACUACGGAUACCAAAAUACAUGGUAAUUUAAUGACUCGUGUUCGCGGUGAACGCUUUUUCCAGAUAAUUCUUCAUGCAAAUUCGUAUGUUUUUUAUUUCUGUUGUAGAAUAAAAAGUGUUCAAGGGAAUUAACAAGCUACUUUGCUGAGUCUGAGAACUUCACGCUGAAACCAAUCACCUCCUCGCCUCUGUACGCUUCAGUCAGUAGUGUUAUGAUAACCCCGACUUCAUCGCCAACAAAACAGCUGGAUUCCGAGAUCGAAAUCAUUGAAGACCUCAAAGGACAAAACAAGUUAUCAGACCUCCAGAAUGACGGAUUACACAAUUUAAACCCCAAAGCUCAGGACGAAGGAAUCUUUCCUAUAGAUUACAAUUCCGACCUUGAUUUGAAUUCUAUCGAAGACGAUCUUUUUUUAGAAGAGAUGUAA